CAGGUUUGGCUCAGUCCCACUCUUAUUUCCGUUUUUGCUCUCAGAACAACUCCUUCUCCUUCUUCCCGGCUGAACUGAUCCCCAAUUAUUACCACCAAAGACACGCGGUGCUUCCUCUCGUUACCUUCAACACUAGUUAGAAUCACAAACGCCUGCCAUGUUGCCGUCUCGCGCGAUCGCCCGGUUUGGCGGGUUGCUUGUGCGGUUUGACAGUGCCGCUGCCACACGUCGGCUGUCGGGCAUGCCACCGCGUCCAACUGCCACUGCACCUCUGAUGUCGACAUCGGAGCCGUUUGGUAGCGGCGUGCAGAGUAGUCGCCUGCCGCAGCGCUCGCACAACGACGAGCAGCAGCAGCAGCGUGAGAACAAGCAGCAGCGCAACCACAAAGCCGCCUCCGCCUCUGCAACCAUCGGCGCGACUGCCGCCGCCUUGCUUGCUGCUGCUGGCGCCGUGGCUGCCACGGCAAGCGUUCUGGCCAAGAAUCGCACAGUCGUGCAUGCCGCAGCCGCCACGACGGCCGGUGCGCCACCCCCAGCACGUGCCGAGGCCGACGCGUCGGAACAGCCCAAGUCGGACCGCCAGCGCCAUUCCCAGUCGCCCAGCCCGCACCAGGACAAGCACGCUGUGUCACAAGAGCAGCAUGCUCAACAGCAACAUCAUCAUCACCACCACGAGGCCGAGUCCAAAGCCUCAAGCAACAGCGCGGAGCACCCUCGACACCCUCACGCGAUCGACCUGCAGCAGCAACUGAGCGGAUUGAACACGCUCGAGCAAGUGCGCGCCAAUCCGAAAUUCAGGUUCCUCAAUCCGUUCAAGACGGUGGAUGUGUCCAACACGCUGACAUUUGAGGCGCUGUACGGACCGGGCAAGUUUGAAAACGUCGAAAUGUACCACAACCCAACCGAUCUGCAGUUUGUGGGCAUGUUCAAGCUCGGCAACCGAAUCUGCGGCCAUCCAGACACCAUCCACGGAGGUGCCAUUGGUGUCGCCUUUGACGAGACGCUCGGCUGGCUUUUCAUGCUCACUGCCGGUGUCGGGUACACGGCCAACCUGAACAUUAACUAUCGAAAGCCGCUGCCUGCCCUGCACACCAUUGUCGUCAAGGCUCACGUCGAUCGCGUGGAAGGCCGCAAGGUUUUCCUGCACGCCACUCUCGAGGACUUGCAUGGGCUCGUGUACGCCGAUGCUGCGGCGCUCUUUGUCGUGCCUCGCAACAAGCAGGCGCUCCUUGAUCGCUACGGCAAGCUCGAGUCGCCAUCGUAUGCCCAAGUCGUCGCAAAAGAGCCUCCGACAUCAUUUGCACCAACUCAAACGCCGCCUACAGUCUGAUGGUAGCCGAGUUUUGUUUUGUUUUUGUUGGUUGCGGUGUGAAACGACGGUUUCUGCCCCCAAAGUGGCAUUUUGAAAAUGGUCCGCUUCUGACGCUCGUUUUUUUUGUAUUUUCAACUUUUUCGCGUACAAUGAAGAGUGAUACGUGGAGCCAGG